GUGUAUGAAGACGCACUGUUCCUCUCCGAUGCCAACGGAUAUUUUACACAAUAAAUGCUCAUCCCCAUCACCCGUUAGACCUGAUACGCCAGUCAGAGUGGAUAGUGCAUACAAGGUGCGUCUGGACACCGUUAUGACACUGUCAUUACGACAUGAAGUUGCGACAGCCAUUUUAGCAAGUAUAUCCGAACUAUACAACGUAAGAUAUACACUGAUGUUUGCUUAUGAGCUUCAGGAGGUCAUACACAAUUGCACUGAUGAUGUCGAGGGACAUUUCGACGUUGUAUAUUGUCAUUUUGAAAUAGUUACUUUUGGGACACAGCACCAAGAGGCUUUAAAUUCAAGAAAUACAUUCCCUUCUGAUAAAUCAAUAACAAUAAAUGGAACAGCCGUCAAGAUUCAGUUUUUACAAUAUGUAACUGAUCCUAGUUUCACAGCUUACGGCAAAGGUCGUACUUCAAUCGAAAAAUUGGAAUGCAUUCACAAUCCAUACAGCAAUGCCGUUCUCAUAAUGUUUCCGUUAGAACGUUACUGGCCUAUAAAUGCUCAUAGAACAUACAGUAUUUCUUACAUGGACUGUCCAAGUAGUGUGAUACCUCUUCAACUGUUUCACAUUGAAAGAUAUGAGCGUGGACUUCGUUUUCCGGAAACAGACGUCAUUGUCUCCUUCAAUGAUUUUAAAACAUUCAAUUCUACACAUGUCUUUGUCUGUCAAGAGACAUUGCUCGCCAUGAAAAUAGUAUCAAAGGCCGGAAAAAUGACAGAUGGUUACCGUGGGUCGAUUGUUCUGUUGCUUUACAUAGCACUACAUAAAACAGUGCUUUGA